UCAUUCAUGUCAAAGGUCAACAAAUAAGAUGAUAUGAGUAACUUCAGGAAGCUUUCGUGAAUACGUCAUCAUAACAGUGACUUCCCCAAAGCUUCUAUAUAAAAGCCUAAACAGAUUGGGUACUACAGUAAGUGUCUAUGAAAGCAAGCAGUCAGCAUUAAUCAUGAAAUGGACAAAUCUUCACACAGGGUCUCUCUUCAUGCUACCUGCAGUGAUAUCCCUAUAUUGUUUACCUUACAUUGCUGAUGCAGGUUUAAUUCCGGUCGAUGCUCCUAGGAUUAUAAAAACAUCAAAGCACCAUUUAAAAUUGUCCUGCCGAGUGGAUCCCGGAUUACUCAAAGAUGAAACUCUUGUAUACUGGUUGGUCAACGAUUCCUUUGUCAAAACAGCGUUUCCAGGUGGAAGAGUGCAAGUAUCCAUAAAGGAAAGCACAAACUUUAUCCAGAGCGACCUAAUACUUCAAUCAUUUCAAGACAUCAAGGAGAACACAUUCACUUGUGUAGCCAUGAAUCCUGCUGGGAUGGAUACAAAAAAACUAUUUAAAAGAAACAAAAUUUUUUACAGUGCAUCAGGAAUGCCCACCAAACACCUGUCAGACAGCAUCUGUGCCGUGUGUGGUCAGCCCAUCCUUGUGGAUGUGAGUGAAGAGGGCAUCAUCGAAAACACUUACAGACUCUCCUGCAAUCAUGUAUGGGAGAGACCCCACGUCAUGUACGGGCAGCUUUUGGAUUGGCUACGCUACCUUGUGGCAUGGCAGCCGGUUAUAAUCGCACUGGUACAGGGCAUCAAGUACAUCCUGGGUUUGGAGUAACUACAGCGUAGUGUUGUUUUCGGCAGCCUGUUUUAAUUUUAGUUUUAGUCUAGUCUUUGUGUCAAGCUGUCAUUUUAGUUUUUAUUAGUUUUAGUCACGUUCAUACUCUUCUAGCCAACUAUGUGAGAAUAGAAAUAUGCUAUUGUUAACAUUUUGUAUUUUGCCAGCAGCACAAACUACAAUCAUACAAAUAUGCAAUUAUAUAGUUUAUAUUUCUGCAUCUGUACCUGUGUAGCUAAUGGACUUUGGACUUAAUCUAAUGUGACAAAGCUGAUCUUAAAUGUCAGUAUAAAUCCAAGCAAUUUUGGAGAAUUACUAAAUGUUUUUCCUGUAAGUAAAUUAAAAGUCAGCUUUAAGAAAACAGCAGAUGUCUAUUAAGAAAAGCAAAGUUGGUAUGUAUG